AAAUGCAGGGUUUUAUACGAUCCGACUACUAUAUCACGUGUUCCGGUAGAGACAGCUAUCGCAAAAAUCGAUAUAGUUAAUACUGUGUAACAGCUGGUAAAACUCGUGAACACGAGGGACAGCAGUAGUCCAAGUCCCCAUAGUGCGUCAUGUCGUCUGUGGUAUUGUUGUGGAUGUUAUAUGUCUGGGGUGGUUCGGGGGUACAGUCUCUCUUCCACGAGGACGAAGCACGAUGUCACCCUGAAGAAGUCCAUAUUGCGUUUGGCAACAAGGUGUCAGAUGUUGUGGUCAUUUGGUCGACAGUUGGUAAUUGCUCCACGUCGGUGGAAUAUGGUCCCGGACCAUGGAACUUGUCACUCACAACAUCUGGAGAAACAAAGCUGUUUAUAGAAACAAAUCCUAGUGGAAAACACUACCUCCACAGAGUAGUAGUUAAAGACUUGGAUAAUUCCUUGACGUAUUUCUACAGACCAAUUAGUAACGGGAUCAGCAGUGGACCCUUCUACUUCAAAACACCACCAUCUGGGAACGACUGGCAUCCGGAAUUUUUGGUGUAUGGUGACCUGGGCAUCGAGUCGCAUGCUGUUCCUGCUCUUGAAAAAGAGGCCUUAUCAGGGAGAUAUACGGCAAUUUUUCAUGUCGGUGAUUUCGCUUACAAUAUGGAGGAUGAUGGAGGAAAACAAAUAAAUGACACACACAAAAAUGAUUCUUCUUCGGAUCUGUGUGAUUCAAAGAGAGGAGACACAUUUCUCCGUUUAAUAGAGGACUUUUCCGCUAGAGUGCAGUAUAUGACGGCUCCAGGAAAUCACGAGAUGGACGGAGGAAGUUUCUCCCACUACCGAUAUCGGUUUUCUACACCAGGCACGGAGUGGCCAAUCCCAAUGAACAAGAUGUGGUAUAGCAUCGACGUGGGGCUUGUGCACUUCAUCAGUUAUUCCACAGAGGUGUUCUUCAUAGCUGACGGACAACACAUAGCCCAACAGCAGAACUGGUUAAUGGCGGAUCUAAAACAGGCAAACGACAACAGAAAACGCCGUCCCUGGGUCAUAGCCUUAGGUCAUCGUCCUAUGUACUGCUCCAAUAGUGACGCGGACGAUUGUACAAAGCCCACCUCCAAGGUUCGGGCGGGAUUGGAGGACAUAUUCUACAAAUAUGGAGUCGAUAUAGUUCUUCAAGCACAUGAACACUCCUACGAGCGACUGUGGCCCCAGUACAAAGGGGUGGUAUUGAGCAAGAACUAUACUAAUCCCCAGGCGCCUGUCCAGCUGAUAUCUGGAGCAGCAGGAAGCAAAUAUAAGCGAGAUCCAGAAAAAGCCCAAAGAGGAGAAUGGUCUGCCUUUGCAAACACAAAUGAAUCUCUAAACAGUAUUGGUAAACUGAAAAUCCUGAACGAAUCCCAUCUGUAUUGGGAACAAUAUAAUUUGUUAACAAAACAAGUGAUUGAUUCAAUUAUGGUUGUUCAAGAGAGCCACGGACCAUUUAAGCAACAAAAGUUAUCGCAUGAAGUUACUCAGAAAAUCGAAAAUAUUAAGGAGAAAGAGAAAGAACAGAUAAAACACAACGAGGUAAACCCGUCCCCGCCCGAUCACAGUCCUGGCAAUACCCCAGGAAGGAACAAAUCUAUAGGCACCGGUCAAAAAAUAAAAGAAAUGUUGAGUCAUGUCGAUAAGAGGACAGUAAUUGGGGUUUGUAGUGGAGCUGGGGCACUAAUUUUACUAAUCGUGAUAAUAGUUGUGGUAAAAAAGAAGAAAGCCGCCAAAUCAAGAAAGUAUCGGAGAUGGGACGACAAGGUAGAUUAUGGAAGGAAGUUUUACUCUAGUUAUAACCAUGUCGAAUCUGGAGAAAAGGAAGCAGACGACUUUGAAGUUGACGUCAGUGAUGGUAAUUUACCGACGGCUAAACUUUUAACAGACGACCGGAAAUGACGCAAACUGACUCAGGUAUCGUAAUGAUGAAAAGUCAAUGGCUUUUGCAUGGUUUAAACCCUUAUUGAUGCUGGUUCUUGCCAAACUGGCAACUAUGUGCCAAAUUCCAACAGAACAAAUACCAGUGCUGAGUUUCAAGAGCUUCCAUGGAAAUUCAAAUGUUUUCACUGGAGACGUCUAAUAUUGUACAGAUAUUGUAAUAUACCAACAGUAUAUAAUUUUUGACGAUAUUAGAUUUGUGAUGUUGAUCAAAUGCAAAAAUGCCAUUUACAUACUGUAUGUACACACCAGGUCAAACUGUAGAAAUUAGUCAAUAUUUAUUUUCGUGUUGAUCUGAGAGAUGGGACUGACGGUCAGGAGGUUUUUUAAUUUUAAAAGCAGCCGUUGUCAAUGUACGGUAUAUAUGAAUCAUACCACGACGUGCACAAAAUGUCAUGUGUUAAUCUCUGUGUUAUGCGGGUAAAACAAUACAUUUUGAAAUGAUAAUCAUAUGCAAUAUCUGCUUACUAUGCACUAUAUUCUUGAUUAUAAAAAUACAAAUGGCUCCCUUUAGCUCGAAGUCUACGAGACUGCACAAAGUCUUGCAGAGUAAAUGUUUAGUUUAAUAUGGGAAAGGUCUCAAGAAAAUACGAAUUUAUAAUGCGAGUACAGGAUGUUUUAUGUAUAUAUGAAUGUGUUGUUUUAGAAUACGGCAGUUUCUAAGUACAUACUACAGAAUUUCAGUUGGUAUGGUACAACCGAUUUUAGAUUAUAUUCAUCAUUUCAUAGAAUAGGGAAGUGGAUUCUGUAUUGAUCAUGACAAGUGUCGUUUUGCUCCCAGAAGAUCAGUUAACGGUGGAUCUAAUUCUACAAUCUAUCAAUGAGCUGUGUACGGCUGGUGUUCAUCUUUAUGUUUUUAUGAAUGUCUUUCCGAUGUAAGAAUGUAAGGUUUUUGGUAAAUUAUAAUUGUUGUUUGAUUAUGUGGUAAGUGUUGAAUUCGUAAAGAAGUUUGUUGUAUUUGAGAAGGUUUAGUGUAGUUGGCAUUUGUGAUGUGGUAAAUCUGUUGUAUUGGUGAGGGGUGAAUGUUGUUAGAUGGUAGGUAUUUGUGAUGUGGUAAAUCUGUUGUAUUGGUGAGGGGUGAGUGUUGUUAGAUGGUUGGUAUUUGUGAUGUGGUAGAUCUGUUGUAUUGGUGAGGGGUGAGUGUUGUUAGAUGGUCGAUAUUUGUGAUGUGGUAAAUCUGUUGUAUUGGUGAAGGUUUAGUGUAGUUGGUUUUUGUGAUGUGGUAAAUCUGUUGUAUUGGUGAGGGGUGAGUGUUGUUAGUAUUUGUAAUGUGGUAAAUCUGUUGUAUUGGUGAGGGGUGAGUGUUGUUAGAUGGUAGGUAUUUGUGAUGUGGUAAAUCUGUUGUAUUGGUGAGGGGUGAGUGUUGUUAGAUGGUCGGUAUUUGUGAUGUGGUAAAUCUGUUGUAUUGGUGAGGGGUGAGUGUUGUUAGAUGGUUAGUAUUUGUAAUGUGGUAAAUCUGUUGUAUUGGUGAGGGGUGAGUGUUGUUAGUAUUUGUAAUGUGGUAAAUCUGUUGUAUUGGUGAGGGGUGAGUGUUGUUAGAUGGUCGGUAUUUGUGAUGUGGUAAAUCUGUUGUAUUGGUGAGGGGUGAGUGUUGUUAGAUGGUUAGUAUUUGUAAUGUGGUAAAUCUGUUGUAUUGGUGAGGGGUGAGUGUUGUUAGAUGGUCGGAAUUUAUGAUGUGGUAAAUCUGUUGUAUUGGUGAGGGGUGAGUGUUGUUAGUAUUUGUAAUGUGGUAAAUCUGUUGUAAUGGUGAGGGGUGAGUGUUGUUAGAUGGUAGGUAUUUGUAAUGUGGUAAAUCUGUUGUAUUGGUGAGGGGUGAGUGUUGUUAGAUGGUAGGUAUUUGUGAUGUGGUAAAUCUGUUGUAUUGGUGAGGGGUGAGUGUUGUUAGAUGGUCGGUAUUUGUGAUGUGGUAAAUCUGUUGUAUUGGUGAGGGGUGAGUGUUGUUAGAUGGUAGGUAUUUGUGAUGUGGUAGAUCUGUUGUAUUGGUGAGGGGUGAGUGUUGUUAGAUGGUUGGUAUUUGUAAUGUGGUAAAUCUGUUGUAUUGGUGAAGGGUGAGUGUUGUUAGAUGACUGGUAUUUGUGAUGUGUUAAGUCUGUUAUGCUAGUGAAUGGUUAGUGCUAGUAGAUAUUUCGCUGAUAUAUAGUUUUUUUUUUAUGAAGGUUCAACUUUGUGGAGAAAGAUGGUAGUGUUUAGACUAUAUGUACAAUAAAACUAGUGUUUUUAGAUGUGGUUUAUAUUAUUCGGGUGGAUGAUUUUUAUUUGAAGGUGCAUGCAUAUGACUGUAGGUGAAUGGCCUGCAAUACGUUGUAACUCACAAAAAGUCAAUGCGAGAUGUUAUGUCUAGGAGAAAAUUUUAAAUUUCAAAGGUAAUUAAUUGUUCCAUUUUAAGUACAUAAAAUCCUUAACUUUGAAUAUCUUAAUGGGGCAUGCGUCCCACAUGCCCCCCCCCCCCCCCCCCAUAUACCAGUGUCUUCUGCAAAAUAGCUGCAUGAUCAAAAUAAAACCUUUCAAAAUUACAAACAGAAUUCGCCUUUCAUAGACAUAGACUAACACAUGUAUGAUAGAAAGUAUCAUUCUGAAUAUAUUGUGAAGAAAAGCCCAGCGAAAACAAAAUUUGAAAUGCUUAUUGUUAGCUGUAGAAGGUGUUACAAUGAUUAACCUCUUCUCUACCUGUCUAGAUCAGAUUAUACGAAAUAUAGAUACACCAGAAGUCUUACUAAUCAUCAAGGGGCGCGAGGCGUGUUACAUUGUAAAUUAACGAGGGUGAUGAUCUUUAUAAACAGUGUCAUACUUUAUAUUCCAUUGACCUUUACCAAGGGCAAGGUCGUAGAUAAGAGUCAUUCUUUCCUAUUAGUAAGCACCAUUAUGCCAAUGCUUUGGCAAUGGUAAACCAUGGUGUAAAAUUUCUUUGUAGUCCAAAACAUAUCAUAGGAGAUAUAGAGUUCAUGAUUAUAAGGAUGGAUUGACAGACAGACGCAGUGAAAACAAUAAAGGUCUUUCAUCUUGGAGACAUUGAUGUGAUGUUCGGACAACGUAUCUGUCCAUCAACUCUUCCAUGUUGAAUCGUUCAAAUUUCAUAGCACAAUACCUGAUUGAUAAUUCUAGGAAGAUAGAAUAUUAAGAUAAUCAUAAUUCAUGAUCACAAAGGUAGACAGAAUUAGAAAUAUUGAUAUGUUCAUUUUUUAUUGCUAUUAUUUUGUCUUUCAUGACGUAUGUCAAAGGCUUUAAAAGUUUUCAGCUAUUCAUAAGAGAAGACAUUAGAACAAUUCUGGCUGCCGAGAUAUAUUGACUUCCGUCAGACCUCUAUUUUGAUGGUGACAGAUUUUGGCUACUGAGCCUCGAUUUGUUACAAAGGUUUUAUUGUGAUGCUAGCUGUGUGAUUUUUAUUUGAAUGAUGAAAUGUAUUUGCGUUAAUGAUAGGUAUUUACAUAUAGGUUUGAAUUUUCCCUUCAAUUAACUGCAGUUCCAAAAUGCAUGUUGCUGUCGGGUUUUUUCUCUCUUUUUUUUUUUCUUUGCAUUUUAUAUUGAUACUCAAUAUUCUCUCUAUAUCAAUAUUUUCGUAUUUGUGAAAUUAUUUUCAAUAACUUUACUAAAUAUUACAAUAGUGUUCUUUAUUGCAAUAAUUCACCAAAAUAAUUGGCGUCGGUGUACGAGAUCGAGACUGACCUGUUUGUUGCCAACGUUUGUUUUUGUAUUACUAGUGUAUAUAUUUAAUGAUGUUUGACAGUUUAUCAUUGAAAUGUAUAUUCAUUGUGCUAUUGUGAAUGAUAAUCUUUCAGUAUAAUAUACAUACUGUAUAUGGUAUAUGAUACACAUGCUUUAUAUGAUAGAUGUAAUGUAUUUGGUAUAUGAUACACAUGCUUUAUAUGAUAAAUGUUAUGUAUUUGGUGUGUGAUACUUGCACUACAGAUGAUGAUGUGUGUGUAAGACACGUACUACAUAUGACACAUGAUUCAUAUAUAUUGUUUAUGGUUUAUGAUAAGACAUAUAUCUAAUUCAUUCUUGUAUAUUUGAUAUACUUAUUGUAAGGUAAUAUUGUUGAGGUGGAGGUUUUGAUACGUAAGUAAUAAAUAUUGAAACAUU